AUAAGUGCAAGCGAUGUUUGUCAAACCUACGAACAUACGGUGAGACAACUGAUGUCAGCUGGGCCCUGGCGGAUUGAAUCUGGCGCGAAACGAUUUGAAUUGCAGGAACUGUUGCCAUUGGCACUUUCAGGCAAGCAGGAGACAGAGACUUCCACCGUCAGGAGAACAGCAAGGACAGCAUUGAAGCAGCUGCACAGGACCUGGCCAACAGUUUUUCACCGCAUUCCCAGCCCAGCCGCAUUGGUGUUCCAUACUGUAGCGUCCCUACUUCAGUGAGGGCAGCCUGCCUGUCUGCAGAAUCAGGGCCGAGUUGAUGGCUGCUCUUGGAGUUGCGGCGGAAGGCACAGGAAAAUCUACAAGCUUGAGGACUAGAAGGUUGCAGGCUGAGGAUUCUAAGCUAGUCAAAGACAUUGAAGCUAGCUAUGUGAAGCACAUUACGCCUUUCAGGCAGGCAAAGUGGAAGAAGGACAUUCCGCCUGGGUUUAAUCCUGUCCCUCUUGUCUAUCAUGCUGACAAUGAUGAAAAUCCUCGUGAGCUCAAGGUUCAAGCCAACCGGGUCCUUCUUGGGGUUUUCCGAGGCUUUCGGAAGCUGCAGAAGAGUCCUGCAACGUGGCUGGCCAAUGCUGAUAUGUUGGAAAAGGAGGGGCUGAAGAGCUUAAAGCCGGAAGACUGGCAGGACCUUUUGGAGUAUGUGCUAGACUUGCAUCUAUUAGAUGAGAAGGUGGCUCACGAGCUGAGUCUCCAGCUUUCAGCGCAGAACAGCCUGCAAGAUUUCUUAGAAACGGAGCGCUUCCAGCUUCUGCCCUUCUUUGUCAAGCUUCUUUUUGCGAGCGUGGAUCCCUUUGUGGCGCCAGCUCACACUCAAACUGCAGAGGCAAACAAAGAGCCACAGGGAGAUAUCAGCGGAGGAGGGCUCAAAGGCCCUGGAGGAGGUCCAGCUGCGGAGAGUGCUGGCGAGGUGUCCAAGGAUACGAGUGUUACAAACGGGGGCUUUGAUAGAGCGUCUCGGACACUUGACCAUCAUUCUGCGCCUGCAGAGGGGCUUCCCAAGGAGAACCAAAGCCCUCCAGCUGACAGCAUCGGGGUCGGCGUGGAUGAGGCGGUAAACCGCGAGCAUUCAGCAGACGCGUUUGGGGGUCUCUCAAGACAGCUCAAUCCCCCUGGAGUUCUGCACGGUGGUCCAGCAGGGCACCCCGCUCAAAGCGCAAACGCCCAAGAAGGUGAAUUGGGGCAGCCCACACCACAGGAGGCCUUCCCCAGUACAUCUACUGGGCAGCCUACUCUGCCAUCAGAUGGGCGCACCAGUCCAGUAUGGCAGCCCCCACCUGAGGAGACUCCGCUCAACGCAUCUGGCGAGCAGUCCGCACCCCCCCCAACUAUGCGCGGCGGUGAAACGGGGCAGCCUACGACCCAGGGGGGGCCACCGGGUGCUUCAACCGGGCAGUUCGUUUACUCACAAGACGCGCGCCACAGUCCAACGGGGCAGCCUACACAAGAGGGGGCACCACCCGAAACUGCAACAGGGCAAUCCGCUUUCCCCCAACACAUCGGCGACGGUCGUACGGGACAGCCUACCUCGCAGGGGUUCCCACCCGGUUCUCCAACCGGGCAGUCCGCUGUCCCCCCGAGCGCAUGUGCCGCCCGAACCGGGCAGCUUACACCCCAGGGGGCCCCACUCGGUGGUACAACCGGACAGUCUGUUCGCCCCCAGGACACGCAUGGCGGUCGCACGGAGCAGCCCACCCGUGAGGGGUCCCCGUCCAGUCGUGCAACCGGGCAGUCCGGUCUUUCUCAAGAUGCUUGCGGUGGUGGACGGGCGCAUCGCACACCCGAGGAUGCCUCCAGCGCUGAAACCGAGCAACUCCUAUUUCCCCAAUCCAAGCAGAGCACUCCAGGGGGGCGGCCGACAUCUCAAGGCGUCCCGCUUGGUGCUUUGUCCGGGCAGUCCGCUCCCACGCUCGACGGGCACGGCGGUCGAACGCAGCCGCCAAAAACUGGGGGGGGAGCUCCUGAUGCUGCAACCGGGCAGUCCACUAAACCCCAGGCGGGGCCGCCCUCUACAGGGGGCUCGGCGCCGGGCAAUUCAAACGAACAGUCUGCGCGGUCCCAAGACGAACACCACAAUGCUCAAGGGGGUCACGCCUCACCCCAGGAACACUCCCAGGGACCUCCUCUGCACGAGGCCCAAGGUGCGGACAAAAGCGCUUCUCCGUUGACGUUCGACUCGAUGCUGGACCCUGGUUGGAGCCCGUCGCAUGGUUUCCCUCAAGGCUUGAAUCCUGUGGAUGACGAGUUGCCACAAGAAGAAGGGCAGGGCGUCUUCGGGGUUAGCGCCAACCUUCCACCAACUGCCCCCGGUGCGCAAGCGGAGCAGCCAUUCGUUGAGAUGAAUCAGGGACCUGCCGGUCAGGAUGGACGGAUGGGAUCAGCUGCCGAUAUCGUUGGUGUGAAGCGGAAGGGGGACUACGGGAAGACCAUACAGCCCUGCCUCGGUUGUGACAUGCCCGGCCACAUCCGGGGGGCGUGCAAGCAUUGCGGGCUCACCCGAGAGGACGCCAAGCGGCUGAAGUGGGAGAAGAAGGCCGCCGAGCUCGAGCAGAAAUACAAGGGUGUGCCCUAUCGUCGCUCCGCACAGACGGAUUUCAACUCAGCCUGUCAGAAGCUGCUCAACCUCAAGAUGAAGCAUCAAGAACGGGUUGAGUUUGUCCUGCUUGCUCUCAGCGCGGAUGGCAAAGGCAACCCAAGCAAGACCCCUAUGGUCUUUGCCACCGGGCCUCCGGGGAAGGCGUUUCUUGGGCAUGCAGCCGCGGUUAAGUUAUGGGCGAGCACUGCAGAAACUCACUUCCUGGAAUUGAAAAAAAUAGCGGAGGAGACUGCAGUGCAGGCAGCAAGUAAGACUGACGUUGGGGCGACGGGCGAGGAUUGCUCAGAUCAAGCUGCCCAGGUAGGAGGUAUGGUUUCGAAGGAGGUCGUCAAGUGGCUCGAGGAUCAGCAAAUGGCCCAGUACGUGGAAGUCUUUAGGGAUUAUCACUGGUUCAAAAUGGACGACCUGAAGGAGAUGACGGUUGACGGCCUUUCAGAGAUGGGAGUCAAAGGGCUCCAUAAGCAGCGCUUGUUGAAAGCUCUUAACAAUCUGCACAUAAAUUAGUGGAAACCGAAGCCAGUUUAUUUGAAUCAAAUGGAGUAGACGGUUGUUGAAUGCUUGACCGUGAGACCGUCUCGUUGGCCCAAGUGAUUGCUCU